AUGUCCCUCUACAAAUCCCUCCGCUGCAGACAUUUUGACGACCGCGGUCGCCCCCAUCGUCCGGGCUGCCCGCGGCCCGCUACAUGCCGUUUUGCGCACCCGGAGGACCGCCAAUGGGCCACCGCCGGUCCCUCCAGGCAUGGCGGCGCGGGCAGGCCCAGCCCCGCCCGCACCGUCGUCAGCGUGGACUCGCCCCGUUUUCGCAUGUCGCCUUCAUUGCGCCCUGGUCCCCGUGCUCCGCGUACGCGUUCUCCGAGUCUGGCGCAGGGCCGGAGGCUGCCGCUGCCGCUGCCGUUGCCAUCGCAGUCCGAGCUUUUCCAUCGGUGCAAGGUCGAGGAUGACGAGAAUGAUGUCUCGCUCGCGUCGCGGCUGUCGGUUCGAUUGGACUACGGUAGCGCGGACGACGACCGCUCCGCCGCCAGACCCGGCCCAACGCGAGGGCGUGAAGUGUCGCGUAAUCCGGUGCGACGGAGGCGGCCUAGCAACGGUGACCCGUUUUUGACUGCAUCGGCUAUGGCACCUCCCGGUCGUGGUCGGGUCGAUCGCCCAGCACGUGCAGGAUCAGAGCGCCGCACAGCGCGCCCAUUCAGUGUCCUUGAGAUUGGCGCGGAGGCGAGCAGAUCAACUGAGCAUGUCGCCACAGACGCGCCCGUAAUCCCAGCCGCACAUCCAGAUACAGGUCCGGGGUCAGCCUGUGCUUCAUCGACUAAGGCUAAUGGAUCAAUCAUCCCAUCGGUGGCCAGCAAGGACGCCAUCGAGCUCAUACUUGCCUCCUUUCGAGACAUCGCACGAAACACGCAUAUAAUCACGCGUUCUACUGUCGCACUUCACGACACUGUCUUCAAGCUCGAGCAAUUCGCAAAUCUAUCUUCCAAGCUUCCCAUCUCCGAAUCGACCUCUAAAGCGUUGUCCGUGGCCAUAGCUCCCUUGCUUGCGGAACGAGCAAAGCACGAGCAACUAGUUCAUGAUAGUGAGGAGAAUGCACAGAAGCAAUGGGAAGGCGUAUUCAAGACCUUCAUUGGCGGCGUCAUUGAGGGUGUGGAGCAGAGUUUAGGAGGCGUCAUCGUGAACAUGGAGCGCCGUGUCAAAGACUCGGAAGAAAAUUUUGCUCGUAUCCUGAGGAGCGCUGAAAAAAGCAGAGAAGUCUUGGAAACUGCUGCGAAGAACGAUAGGCAAAAUAGGGCCGGAAAACGUAUGUACUCCGGUCUUGAUACGGAGCAAGCCCAAAAUAUGGACGGAUUUGCUGGCGUCCAAUUGGAGAAUCGGGAAGUAUCCAAGCGGAGGAGGAUCGAGGAUAGCCCGGGCAGACGGAGUGUCCCGAGCAUUUCGGCGAGUCGCGAGAGCGCUAGUGAGCGGGAGACCCGCACCCUCGUAGACCAAAUGAAGGCGAUGGUGGAUGAUCAGGCGCGAAUGCUUGAAAACCUGAGAAGGGAGAACCAUGAGCUCCGUUCGGGCCAACAUCUUCCACCGUCCCUGGAUUCGCCUGGCCGAACGGCAUACGCUAGAUGCAAAGACGAUGCUAACAUGAGUUCAAAACCAAGUCCCUCUCUACCAUCGUUGAGUUAUUCUCUCAGCGCAGGGUCGACGUCGAGCACGACGUCCUACCCCGCGUUAGCAUCUACGGAAUCGCUAUCCGAACCGACGAUCCCUUUUGUGUACACCGGACAAGCGCUGGAGCUCGGAGGAGCAUCACACCAUACAUGGGAGGAAGGCCAGAUUGACAUUAUCAGGAAUAUGCUCACGGCGCUUUACAAGGCGCCUCUGAAUCCGACGGACCCGACGGCAUCGAACAGCGCAAUCCUUCGAGAUCGCUGA